GCAGCAGCAGCGGCGCCGCCCGCGGUUCCCACCGGAGCCCGGGCGCCGGCCCCGCUCUGCAGGAUGGGCACGGUGCUGUCUCUUUCCCCUGCCUCCUCGGCCAAAGGCCGGAGGCCCGGCGGGCUGCCCGAGGAGAAAAAGAAGGCGCCGCCCGCGGGGGACGAGGCGCUGGGGGGCUACGGGGCGCCGCCAGUGGGCAAGGGCGGCAAAGGCGAGAGCCGGCUCAAGCGGCCGUCCGUGCUUAUUUCGGCGCUCACCUGGAAGCGCCUGGUGGCCGCGUCCGCCAAGAAGAAGAAAGGCAGCAAGAAGGUGACACCCAAGCCGGCAUCCACGGGCCCCGACCCCCUGGUCCAGCAACGCAACCGCGAGAACCUUCUCCGCAAGGGCCGGGACCCCCCGGACGGCGGCGGCGCCACCAAGCCCCUGGCCGUGCCAGUGCCCACCGUGCCCGCGGCCGCCGCCACCUGCGAGCCACCGUCGGGGGCCAGCGCGGCCGCCCAGCCGCCCGGCUCAGGCGGGGGAAAGCCUCCGCCGCCGCCUCCCCCAGCCCCGCAGGCGGCGCCGCCGGUGCCUGGCGGCUCGCCGCGACGGGUCAUAGUGCAGGCGUCCACCGGCGAGCUGCUGCGCUGUCUGGGCGACUUCGUGUGCCGACGCUGCUACCGCCUCAAGGAGCUGAGCCCCGGCGAGCUGGUGGGCUGGUUCCGCGGCGUGGACCGCUCGCUGCUGCUGCAGGGCUGGCAAGACCAGGCCUUCAUUACGCCCGCCAACCUGGUGUUCGUGUACCUGCUGUGUCGCGAGUCGCUGCGUGGGGACGAGCUAGCGUCGGCCGCCGAGCUGCAGGCCGCCUUCCUCACCUGCCUCUACCUCGCCUACUCCUACAUGGGCAACGAGAUCUCCUACCCACUCAAGCCCUUCCUCGUGGAGCCCGACAAGGAGCGCUUCUGGCAGCGCUGCCUGCGCCUCAUCCAGCGGCUCAGCCCGCAGAUGCUGCGGCUCAACGCCGACCCCCAUUUCUUCACGCAGGUCUUUCAAGACCUCAAGAAUGAGGGCGAGGCCACCGCCAGCGCCGGGGGUCCACCGAGCGGGGGCGCACCCGCCGCCUCCUCGGCCGCCAGGGACAGCUGUGCGGCCGGAGCCAAGCACUGGACUAUGAACCUGGACCGCUAGGGAUACC